GUUAAAUUUGCAAUUUUCCCCUGAAGUUUUUAUCGCAAAUUCUUUUCAAUUUAAUUAGACUGUUCAACUUAUUAUUCGUGAUAUAAUUCGAAACAGGAGCUAUGAAACCAAAGCGAACAUCAACAGGUGAAGUUGAAAUCUGCCGCACCUGUAUGGUCGGCGAUGCGGCUUCUUUCGUAUCGCUCUCUUCCAGUCUGGAGGAGGACGCUCCGAUCGCAAAUGUGGUCGAAGAAUUGACCGCCAUCCAGAUGGAUCUGAAGAUCGGGCUGCCGGACCGUGUUUGUCAGAAGUGUGUACAACAAUUGAGACAGUUUGUGGCGUUCAUCAAAAAGGUGCGCCAUUCGGACCGAACAUUGCGGCGGCAGUUAAAAUCGGGCCUCGGACCGAAGCCGGUCCAAGCCGUGGAACUUAUCGCUAGUGCUUCAACGUCGGAAGAUGUAAAGCAGCAGCCGGUCGAUCUCAAGGAGGAAUAUACCCUAGCGGAAGAAACCGAAGUCCAUAUUUUGGAGGAAGAAUAUCUGGAAUUCGAAGAUGAUUUCACAAUGAAGGAGGAAGACCCCGAAGAGGAAGAAAAAGAGCUUGAUUUCGAUGUAAUGUUUGAUGGCCAAAACGAGGGUGGAGAGUCCGACACAGAGUUCAUAGGAUUUGACAAUGAUUCCGGCAAUAACGAUUCAAAAAGUUUGGAGCAAACCAAAAAACAAAAACGAAGGACAAAGGCAGAAAUCGAGCAGGACAAUAUCGACGAUAAAGCACAACUGAAACACGAUGAAUUGGACGAAAUCGAACUUGAAACAUUCCGAAUUGUUGAAAGAACGGCUGAUGAGUUGGUUUGUUGUGGAUGCUACCAGGUUUUUUCGACCGAGGAAGAGUUGAAGGAGCACAGUGCGGUUCAUGCAUCCAAGACAAGCAAGAAUUCGUCGAGACCUUACGUUUGUACCACGUGCUAUAGAAGGUAUACAAAUGUGAAUGGUCUGCAAAUACACAUAAAACAAACUAAAACGAUGAAAAUUUACGAAUGCGUUCGCUGCAACCAGAAGAUUAUUAAUCCGAAAACUCGUCGUAACCAUGCCCACAAUCAUCCGCAGCGGAAAGUCCUGCAGUCUUCGGUGCUAGCUCCAAUUCGUUUACAGCCGGACUAUCGGCAGGGCUACAUUUGCUGUGCUCAGGCUUGUGGAUUGGCCUUCAAGACCGACGAAGAUCUGCUGGAACAUGCCCACAGUGCUCACAGGGUCAAUAAGUUCAAUUUGGAACUGCCAGAAAAUCAAGAUAAACCAUUUGCCUGUCCCGUUUGUUUCAAAUGCUUCACAAAUCAAGACUCACUGCGUAAGCAUCAAAAGCGCGUAUACAAAAGUGACAAGCUGCAGUGCACCAUUUGUGGUCUUAAGUUCAUCACAUCAGUCGCUUUGGCUAACCAUGAAACUAAACAUCGGUCCGAGAGAGCCUUCAAGUGUCCAGAGUGCCCCAAAGCUUUCGCAACCAAGGGAGAUUUGAAGGCGCAUUCCAUUUCCCAUCAGACUGAUAGACCCUACGUUUGCUCCGUUUGUGGGGCUGGCUUCCAGCGUAAGGGUUCGCUGAUAAAUCACGAGCGAAUACAUUCGGACCAGAAGGCAUUCCAGUGUCAGUAUUGCCCGAAAGCAUUCAAAAUUAAGUAUGCACUGCAGCUCCACACCCGUACCCACACCGGAGAACGGCCGUAUCAUUGCAACUAUUGCGAGAAAUCCUUCGCCGACCAUACCAAUCGGCAGCGUCACGAGAUGAGCCAUACUGGAAUCAAACCUCAUAAGUGCAGGUUCUGCGAGAAAACUUUCAUCACCAGACGUUUACGGGCAGAACACGAACGGUCGAAUCAUGGUCAAAGCUCUCCAUCACCAAAAAAAGAAGGCCAAAUUAUUCAUCAACAAAGUACGCCCGAUGUUGAAAUCAUGGAGUGCAGUGUGUGCGGUAUACCCUUCACUAAUCUGAAGAGCCUCCAGAAACACUUGCAACAGCAGCACAUGGAAGAGGACGACGAAUCCGAUUAGAAUAAGAGCAAUAGUUUUCGAUUAAACUAACUUGUUGUCUAUUGCUACUAAGGUAAAUCGUUUUUCAGUUUCAUGCAUCGUACAAUAAAGCAC